AUGACGGGCUCGCCGCCUGCGUCGCCUACGGGUGCCCCCCAGCGACCCUUCAGUGCCAUCAUGCGCACUCCGAGAAGCACCAGUCGCUUGAGCAUGAGCUCCAAACAAGGCGGAGGGAGUCGCCAUUCCGACGAGGAUGGCAAGACUGCCGUCAAAGUUGCCGUCCGUGUCCGACCGCCUCUGAGGCCCAACGACCCGGGCUACGAGUUGAUCCCGCAACGUUUCCAAAAGUCCAUGGUCCACGUCACCACGCCAACCAGCCUGGCAGUCGAUGUCCCGCAGGGUCGCAAGUUAUUCGUGUUCGAUCGGGUAUUCGCCGAGACGAUAGAUCAGGACGGUAUUUGGGAGUACCUGAGCGACAGCGUCAAUUCGUUCCUGCAGGGUUACAAUGUCUCCAUUCUGGCGUACGGCCAGUCCGGUGCCGGAAAAUCCUACACCAUGGGUACCUCGGGGCCGAAUGAGCAGAGCAAGUCGGACGCGAUGGGAAUCAUCCCCCGUGCGGCGCAGCUGCUUUUCGAAAAAUUGGACGGCCCCUCAAAACACAUUCGUAACGGCUCGACGGGCCUUCGCACUCCCGCACGGUACUCGAUUGGCUCUGCGUCGAGUUUCGGAAAACAAAGCAUCGAUAAGAAUUGGCAGCUGAAGGCCACCUAUGUGGAGAUUUACAAUGAACAACUACGAGACCUUCUCCUGCCCGAUUCGACCCCCACGAACGAUCGCAGCACCGUCACCAUUCGCGAGGAUACCAAGGGCCGCAUCAUUCUGACGGGCCUGCACCAGGUGAACAUCACCUCGAUUGAGGACCUUUUGGGCGCAUUGAACUUUGGUUCGUCGAUUCGACAGACCGACUCGACCGCUAUCAACGCCAAGUCGUCUCGUUCGCAUGCCGUUUUCAGUUUGAACCUCGUUCAAAAGAAAUCCUCAAACGGAGUAGCCACGCCCAAGGACAAGCGGAUGUCGAUGCCGGCAGAGGGCUUCCCGGGUGCCGAUGCGUCGGUCACCGUCGAUAGUAAACUGCACUUUGUCGAUCUGGCUGGUAGUGAGCGGUUGAAGAACACCGGAGCGUCGGGUGAACGUGCCCGAGAGGGUAUUUCCAUCAACGCCGGUCUCGCGGCUUUGGGCAAGGUCAUCUCGCAACUCUCGUCUCGUAACGCGGGCUCGCACGUCUCCUAUCGGGACUCGAAACUCACCCGUCUCCUGCAAGAUUCGCUGGGCGGGAACGCCUACACCUAUAUGAUUGCGUGCGUCACGCCGGCCGAAUUCCACCUGAGCGAAACGUUGAACACGGUGCAGUACGCCCAACGAGCCCGAGCCAUCCAAAGUAAGCCCCGCAUCCAGCAGAUCGCCGAUGAGAGCGACAAGCAUGCGGUCAUCGAGCGCUUGAAGGCGGAGGUGGCUUUCUUGCGACAGCAGUUGCGAAAUGUCGAGGACCAUGACCGACGCAACGCCGCCCCGCAGGAGCGCGGGGAGCGCCAGAAUGAACGGGAAAUCGACCUUCAGAACCAGCUGCUGGAUUCGCAGGAAAGUUAUAACGCAUUGAGCCAGCGCCACGCCAAACUGGUUGCCGAGCUGGCCAGAGAUUCCGAACAACCCAGUAACACGGAUCCCAACGACGUCGCCUCUGCGGUCGGCAAAAGCUCCGUUGAGAGACUCAAACGGUCCCAUUCGUUCGCCGAGUCUGUCGAGCAGGUUGUCCUGGAGUACGAGAAGACCAUCCAGAGUCUGGAAUCGUCCCUGUCGAAUACUCGAUCGUCCUUGUCGGUGAGUGAAAGUACCCUUCUCGAGCGGGAGACGAAGUGCACCUACGUCGAGACGGUCAAUGCACAACUUCAAGCCCGCGUGCAGAAGCUACUAGACCGAGAGACCAGCACCGAGACAUACCUUCAUGAGUUGGAAUCCCGCCUGGAUGGCCAGUCCUCGGGCGAGGAAAAGCAGGCGGCGAUCGUGUCCGAGCUGCGGAAGGAGCUGAGCCGAGCCCGUGAUAGUGAAACCAACUGCGAAGACUACAUUUCCACGUUGGAAGAACGUUUAGCCGAAGCGGACCAGGAUAUGGAGCUCAUGCAGCGCGAGGUGGAACGCCUGGAAAAUGUCAUCGAGCGCCAGCGCAGCCUAGGCAAGCUGGACAACCUUCUCUAUGAACUGGAUCACGUUCAACCCAAUGGCGAUAAGGACGACACGGAAGCCGAAAACGGAUCGCCCACCCCGGUCAUUAAAGGCGCCUACAACCCGCGCAAGAGGGCCACGUCACUUGACGUAUUGACCGAGGCUGUUGAGACCGCCAUCCCCGAAUCAGACGAGGGACUGGUCGAGCCGAUCCCAGAAAUCGAGGAAGAGAACGCUGUCGAACCCGAACAGGCUGCGGCCGCUGGUGAGGACCUGAAAGCUCUGGAGAAGGCAACGAGCCACUUGACACCCGAUGGCAAGAGACAAACCCCCAGUCCCACGCAAUCGAACGUCGUGGCCGACAAACUCGACACCGUUAGCCAGGAACUGCUUGACCUGCGGAUGCAGCACGAAAAUACGCUCAGCGACUACGAACUCCUUGAAACCAAAUAUGAAGAGGCACUUAAGGCGUUGGCGAAGGCGCAGCAGGACGCUGCCGACGAGGCUCGUCAUCGUGCGUCGAGCGUGCAACAGUUCGUCACCCCAAUCACCACCGCGUCUCGUCCCGUGUCUUUUUUAGAGGAAAGCAGCAAGGCUCCCGAUGUGAAAGCUGGAACACAACACUCCUUCUCGCAAUCACUCUCAUCGGAAUUAUCCUUGGUCGGGGAGCCUGCUGCUUCACAGGAUACGUCUAAUGCCAAGACCCAGCCCGAUUCGGAACCGAGCCAGGUUGACUCUCCCACGGGAGAAUCCAUCGAAGAAUCCUCGGCGGCUAGCCCUCAGGAGGUCGAGCACAUGCGACAGCUCCUGUCCGAACAUCAAGAGGGUGUUACCAUUAUGACUCAGAAAUACGCCGAACUGCAGAGCGAGCACGAAGUUACUCUCAAUCUCGUCGAGUCUCUGAAAGCCCAAAUCCAGCGACCCAAGUCUACUUCCCCGCCCACCACGCCGGGAAUCAAAUCGCCGGUCAUUCGGAGGAAGACCAGCCAGAGUCUCAUAUCGACUGUGGACCGCGCUCAGCGUUCCUUGGCGGCUCUGCGCAACAUUGCGAACGACGAAUUCGACCAGCGACCGGAUACGAUGCAGAACUUCGAGGUCCACCUAGACUCGGCAAUGCAUGAGCUGUAUACCCGCAUGGAGCGCAUUCAGUCGCUGGAGGCUGAAAACCAGAGCGUGAAGAAGGAAAUGGAGAUGAAGUCGACGAUCAUCUCGGGCCUGACUCGAGAGCGAUCUAGUUUGCAAGGGGGCGCUUCCUCGGUGGACAUGGGUCUGGUGUCCCAGCUGCGCGACCAAGUUGUGCAGCAGGAGGGUAUCAUCAAUGAGCUCAAGGACGUGCACGAAACCCGCCAGAAACAGCUUCUUGCCGAGAUCCAGGAGUUGAAGGGUCUUCUUAAGAGCCAAGAGGCUGCCGCUCGGUCUCAAGAUGCCGGUGCUGAGGAGCAGUACCAGAAGAUCAGCCUCCUCGAGGGCGAACUAGGCGAAUGGAAGAACAAGCACCAGACCGCCGUGGAUUCUCUACAGUCCUCUGAGCAGCAGCUCAGUGCCACGCUCGCCGAACUCAACAGUGCAUUGGCGAAUGUGGAUGCCAUGCGCUCCGAGCGGACGGCUGCCGACGAGGCGUCUACCGCAGAGAAGGAGACCACCGCCAGGGAGCUGGACGGCGAGAGAGCCCGGCAACAGGAUAUCGUGGAGAACCUAAAGCGUGUUAUCGACGAGCACAAAGAGACUGCCGGCGUCCACGUGGCUAGAAUCGCCUUGCUGGAAGACUCGCACAGCGCGGCCGAGAAGCAGCUGUCGGAGCUCCUCGCAGCCAAGGAUAAUGAGAGCACCGAAGUUGGAGCCCACCAGACCCGCAUCUCCGAGCUGGAACGUGAAAUCGACUCUCAUCGGGCUCUCGUCGAGUCUCACAAGAAAAACUUGGACGCUCUGCAAGAGUCUCACCGACACGAGUUAAGCGAGCUUGAAGCAAGGGCUACCGCUGCCGCACAAGCGGGGUAUGAAUUGCAACUGGCGGAGAAGAAUAAGGAGCACGACGAGGCCAUGAAGACUCUGAGAACUGACAUCGCUGAAUCGCGCGACGAAUUGGCCAAAUUACUCAAGAUGGUUUCUGAACUCAUCAACUCCGACGUCACGGCGGACAACAUCGCCGACCAGAUUCAAGACAUCUUGACCCAGAAGCAGCAUUUCUCCGACAAGUACGCUGAGCUGCUCGACACGAACGAAGAGCUUCGCAAGCAGCUGGAAGCCCAGGGCGGCGACUCCACCCGCUUGGAGGAGCUUACCAAGAGCAACGAGGCUAAGGAAGGCAAGGUUAACGAGCUGGCUCUCUUGGUUGCUACUCUUGAAGACACGCUUCGCAAGAAGGACGACCAAGUCAAGAAGAAGGAAGCGCUUGUUGAAGAGAUCACCGCCGAGAGGGAGAAAAGUGUCCGCCUCGUGGAAGAACUCGAAGAGCAGAUCACCAGCAGUUUCGAUCAACACCACAAUCGUCUCUCUGUCAUCCAACAAGAGCGCGACCAGGCUUUGGAGGACGCCAAGGCCAAAAUUGUCGUUCUGGAGAAGGAUAUCGAAACCUACCGGGUGCGGAUCGAGCAACUCGAGCUUCAAAUCAAGAACACUUCGGAAAGUUCGCACGACCGCAGCAGCUCCAUUACUUCGAACUUGCGAAAAAGCUCCUCAGCUACUUCUCUUCCUUCUCCGCCUCCUGCUAUCCCACUACCGCCUCUUCCCACUAUUGCUGCUGCUACGAACGGCAGCGUUUCACCACCGAGCUCGCGCCAUACUAGCAAGGAGCUGGUCAGUACUCAGGUUGUUGAGGAUCAAGAGGCUCGGAUCCGCACGAUUGAGAAGCAUCUCUAUGCCGAGAAGCAGCUCACUGCGACUCUAGAGGAAGCCCUUGGGGACCUCGAGGCGCAGAGCAACAAGGUUAAAUCCGACUGCGAGGCCUGGAAAAAGAAGGCGUGGCAGCUCGAGGAGGAACUCGGUACUUUGAAGAAAGAACGCAACUCCCAGCGCCUUUCGCUUCAGGCUGUCGAAGAGGAGAGAAGUGCUCGUCGCGAGGCCGAAGCUGCUCGCGCCCAGCUGGAAGAGCGUAUGAACGCCCUCAACAAGAAGAAAAAGAAGAGCACUCUCAACUGCUUCUAG